UGUCGCGGGAGCUGCUGGGAGAUCUCGCGAGAGCGAACAGUAUUCUCCCUACGUAAUGUGCCGUGCUGCUCAUGGCGGCGCUGGAGACAGUGCUGAAAGCUGUUGGGUAUGAAGUGAAACAGAAUUGAUACUUUUUUACCAGCUGAAACUGCUGCUUCAAGUUCAGAUCACGUAGAGAACCUAAAAAGAAAACAAUCAAGUUGCAACAACUCCCUAAAAGCAAGUAAAGAAAACCCGCAACCAAAGAAUCAAGACAGCCAAGACAAGCUGAAGACACAACGCUUGAUCUGAAACAAGAAGUUUGUGCCUACUCAACAGCUUCUCAAGAGCACUUCCCAACGCUGCUUCUAGUCCCUACUUCAUUCUCAGUGCAGCAGGAUAUUAACCUUUGCUAGCUAAAAUAGAAAUCCUUUGUCUGUCUUUCUCUGUCAAUCUUUUUGCCUUGCUAUUCUUUUGUUUUCUUUUGAACAGUGUUACCUCUGUACAGAAAUCCCUGCAUAAUAAAGACAGGACACACGCCAGUUUUGGAACAAGCAGUGACUGACUCUGUCUGAUAUACUUUAAAAGAUGGAGCAUCUGUUACCCCACCCCACCUCCUCUGCUGUCCAGCAUAUUCCCCGAUCAUCCUCUGUGUCCUGUCCAAACACUUCUUCCAGUGGAGGUAAAAAACAGAAGAGGACUCCAUUGUAUCAGAGAUCUAUGAGUUUUGAUCCAAGCAUUCUUCACAACAAUGGUCACUCUGGAUUUGCCAAUGGAACAGCUGGGGGCCUUCGAGAAACUGGUGUCAUUGAAAAGCUUCUCACAUCUUAUGGCUUCAUUCAGUGUUCUGAGCGUCAGGCACGCCUUUUCUUCCAUUGUUCCCAGUACAAUGGUAACCUCCAGGAGCUGAAAGUGGGAGAUGAUGUGGAGUUUGAAGUGUCAUCUGACCGGCGCACUGGGAAACCCAUUGCUGUAAAACUAGUGAAAAUCAAACCUGAGAUCCUGCCAGAGGAGCGGAUCAGUGGACAGGUUGUCUGCGCUAUACCAAGCCACCUGGACGGCAAAUCAGCCCCUGGCCAGACCCCAACUGGCAGUGUGUGUUACGAACGCAAUGGGGAAGUGUUUUACCUGACCUACACACCAGAGGAUGUAGAGGGCAGUGCACAGCUUGAAACUGGGGAUAAAGUCACUUUCUUCAUGGAGACGAACAAACAUACUGGGGCAGUGAGUGCACAUAAUAUUGUGCUGGUGAAGAAGAAACAAGCUCGCUGUCAGGGAGUGGUUUGUGCAACCAAGGAGGCUUUUGGGUUUAUUGAAAGGGGAGAUGUCGUGAAGGAGAUUUUCUUCCACUAUAGUGAGUUUAAAGGAGAUUUGGAAACAUUGCAGGCUGGUGACGAUGUGGAAUUUACUAUCAAAGACCGAAACGGAAAGGAAGUUGCCACAGAAGUGAGACUGCUACCUCAAGGAACAGUUAUCUUUGAAGAUAUAAGCAUUGAGCAAUUUGAGGGCGUGGUGACCAAAGUGAUUCCCAAAGUACCUAACAAAAAUCAGAAUGACCCACUACCAGGCCGAAUCAGAGCACGAAUAAAUUAUACUGAGAAGGAGCUCUUCUUUGGAGAUAAAGAUACCAAGUCCAAAGUAACGUUGCUGGAGGGUGACCAUGUGCAGUUUAACAUAUCCACUGAUCGCCGGGACAAACUUGAACGUGCCACGAACAUAGAAUUACUACCCGACAGUUUUCAGUACACCAAGGAGACCAGAGAAAUGGGUGUUAUUGCUGCUAUGAGGGAUGGCUUUGGUUUCAUCAAAUGUGUUGACCGGGAUGCCAGGAUGUUCUUUCAUUUCAGCGAGAUUCUUGAGGAGAACCAGCUGCACAUUUCUGAUGAAGUAGAGUUCACUGUGGUUCCUGACAUGCUGUCUGCACAGAGAAACCAUGCGGUUCGUAUUAAGAAACUUCCUAAAGGCACAGUGUCUUUCCACACACAAUCUGAGCAACGCUAUGUGGGCAUUGUGGACAAAGAAGCAGUUGGGACCUCACUUAAAUCAAGCAGUCCAUCCAAAAUCAAGGAAAAGGAUUCUGAAGAAGGCGUUAUUUCUUAUGAAGACUGUGGCGUGAAGCUUACUGUACCCUACCAUAUCAAGGAUUUGGAAGGAUCUGUUUUUCCACAAGUUGGCGACAAGGUUGAGUUUAGCAUUUGUGAAGUAAAACGAACUGGCCUGCAAAGUGCAGUGUCCAUAAAAACACUGAACCGCAGUAUGAACUCUAAACGUUUAAUAGGAUAUGUAGCCACACUGAAGGACAACUUUGGCUUCAUAGAAACAGCCAAUCACGAUCAGGAGAUCUUCUUCCAUUACAGUGAGCUCUGUGGGGAUCUGGAUGAUCUAGAACUUGGGGACACUGUGGAGUACACACUAUCGAAAGGCAAAGGAAAUAAAGUCAGUGCUGAGAAAGUCACGAAAGUUGCAGCUGUAAAUGGAGUUGAAGAGGAUGAAAGCAUCCCUGUUUGUCUAGGCAAAGUGGUACGACCUUUACGCAGUGUGGAUCCUACUCAGACUGAAUAUCAGGGUCUCAUUGAAGUCAUCGAAGAGGGAAAUAUGAAAGGUCAGAGUUAUCCCUUUGGAAUUGUAGGAAUGUCUAAUAAAUCAGACUGCUUACAGAAGGGAGAGACUGUCAAGUUUCAGUUAUGUACAGUGACACAGACUGGGCAGAAAAUGGCUUGUAACAUCGUUCCUCUCCGUAAAGCCACUGUAGAGUGUGUUAAAGACCUGUUUGGCUUCAUAAACUAUGAAGUUGGCGAUGGAAAGAAGCUUUUUUUCCAUGUCAAAGAGGUUCAGGAUGGAAUAGAACUGCAAGCUGGUGAUGAGGUGGAAUUCUCUGUGAUGCUCAAUCAACGUACUGGAAAAUUCAGUGCCUGCAAUGUUCGAAGGGUUAGUGAGGGUCCCAAACCUGUAGCAACACCCCGACCUGAUCGACUGGUGAGCAGAUUAAAGAGCAUUACCCUUGAUGACUCCAGUGCCCCUCGUCUAGUCAUUCUUCGUCAGCCUCGAGGACCAGACAACUCCAAGGGCUUCGGCAGUGAGAGAAAAAUACGUCAAGCUGGUGUCAUCGACUGAAUUUUUUUUUUUUUUUCUUUUAAUUAUCUCCCAUAGCUUAAUUAUUCUCAACCAGGAUUUAAAGAAUGAUGAUGAAACGGUCUGUCAGUGCAGUUGUCAAAAUCAGUUGCUGCUUAGCAACAUAUGUGCCACCUACCCAUGCAAUUAAACAAGUCCUGUUUUUCUAAAAAGAAUUGAGGGGCUUGGAAGCGAAGAGUCCAGGUAGUUGUCAAGUGGCCCAAAUGGUUAUUUUCAGGAAAUAAUUUUCUGAAGUGUAAGCAGCAGGAAUAUGAAUAAAGGUUUUGUUUUAACCCUUAAGAUCUGAAACACUUGCAACUAUGUGUGAUAAAUUCUCUAACGUAGCAGUUAUACCACUGUUCAAUGGGGACUUGAUCUCUACUUUCUGCCUUCCUUCUGAGUGUAAGAGACAAGUGAGUUACGUGCGUGCGUGUGUGUGUGUGGGGGGGUAACCCCCCUCCCCCUUCCCUCCCCUUUAUGUCACAUGCAGGCAUCCAUUCAACUCAAGGUACACAUUUUUUUGAAGUCCUAGUUGAUGCAUUGGGUUUGUUUGAGUUACUGAAUUCACACUUCCUCUCUCCGUCUCCCCACUUUUAAUGCAUUAUCCCAUAUUCUGACAUCGCUUCUGUCUUAUACUUGCUUGGAUUUUAGAAGUAUGCUUUUAUUUUCAUUCAGUAUUGCCACUUUAUUUUUUAAUUUGUAUAUUACCUCUAAUAAAAGCUGCUUCUUGGUUGGAAUAUUAGCAGGGUGGUGUGGCAAGGUGGCAUCGAUUUCUGUCUUUAUUCUGUACAUUGCUGUAUUACAUGUGCCGAUGAGGCUGUGCCCUGAUGUACUUUUUCAAGAAUUUUUUUAUAUAUCUUUUUUCUUUUUCUUUCUUGCUUUCCUUUUUCCUCUUCUCAUUCCUGAAACCAUAUUAAUGAGUCGAAACAAAUGUGCCUGAAGAUCUUUGUUCCUUUUUAAGCCGGCACCCAAAAUUAAAAAUAAAAAAAGAACAAACUCUUUAGGACUGCUAUUCUAUAGAACUUUUUAAAAAUGCAAGUUUGCAUCUGAACGAUAACAAAUGGGUUGAGCUAUAUAUAUAUGUAUGUAACGUGUGCUUUCAAUUUUUUUUUCUCUCCUAAAAAUUCUGACAUCACAAAAAAUUUGCUACAAAAGUAAAAUUAAACACAAAGAUAGGUAAAGUUCAAGAUUUCAAUACUGUGGUGUAGAGGCUGUUUUAGGAUUUCUGUUGCACACACCCACAUAUCUGUGGGUAUCUGUUUGGUUUGUUGGGGGGGUGGGGGGAUGGCUCAGUUCUUGCAGAAACGCAAAGCUUUCUCCUGUGUAACUUUGUUAAUGGUCUUGAAUGAAACCAAAUAGAAAUAAAGUUUUACGAAAAUUUUGAGAAA